GUGACAGUGACGUAUAUCCAAAACUUUCGUGAUGAAAAUAAAGUUUUGGACUAUGAACUUGAAUUUCAAUAAUAUUUUCUUUCAAUAAAUUGUAACUUUCUUGGCUAAAGUAAUAUUACUACAAUGAGUCAACCGCAUCGCCAGGCCGUUCUCAAUUUAUAUAAAACCUUGCUGUUUCUGGGACGCGAUUGGCCUCAGGGCUACGAUUUAUUUCGGAAGAGACUGCACAAAGUGUUUACGAAGAACAGCGAGGAGACUGAUCCAGAAAAGAUCAAGGUAAUGAUAAAACACGGUGAAUUCGUCGUUAAAGAAAUCGAAGCUCUUUACAAAUUGAAAAAGUAUCGUACAAUGAAAAGGAGGUAUUAUGACGAAACUGCAUAGCAUGGGUACAGAAUUUACUCUGUCUACAAGAUCAUGUUUUAUUACUAACUUUAUUUAUUAGAUUUAUAGGUACUCAUGAAUUGACGUUGAGUAUUGUAAUUUAAUAAUCCAAAAUGUGAUAACUUAAAUACAUAUUAGCUGUGAAUUUUUACCUGAAAUUAUAAAUGAUGAAAUGGGGUAAAAUUGA